AUGGCUCCAUCGGGACGUCCCAACACGGUCCGGCUGCUGUUCCUCGGGGCAGCCGGGGUCGGUAAGAGCGCGCUCAUCCACCGCUUCCUCCACGACCGCUUCGAGCACAAGUACACGCGCACGGUGGAGGAGCUUCACGUGCUGGAGUACGACACGGCCGGGUCUGGGAAGAUGCGUCUGGAGGUCUUGGACACGAGCGGCAGCUACUCCUUCCCGGCGAUGCGGCAGCUCAGCAUCCGCCACAGCGACGCGUUCGCGCUCGUGUACGCGGUGGACGACCCCGGGUCCCUCGAGGAGGUGCGGCGGCUGCGCGACGAGAUUCUGGAGCUGCGGGGCGACAGGGGCGCGCCCAUCACCGUGGUGGGCGGCAAGGCGGACCUGGGUGACGCCGAGGGCCGCGUGCUGCUGGCGGCUGACGUCAUGGCCACGGUGGAGGACGAGUGGGACGCCAGCUUCGUGGAGGCGUCCGCGCGCACCGGGGGUAACGCGGUGGGAGUGUUCCGCGCGCUGCUGCGGCAGGUGAACCCGCCGCUGAGCUGCGCGGCGUGGAGGCGCAGGGACGCGGUGCCCAGACGAGCAGUGAGGAAGAAACCACCACUGAAGAAGAACAACAGCUGUGUCCUGUCGUGA